AUGGUUGUAUUGGAUUUAGAAACAGGCAAACCUUAUGCCCUCCCAAUCGAGUUUUCCCGUCGGAAUAGCAAGAUACCAAGAGCCCAAAAAAGCACGGGGAUCAAAAUCCAGUGGAUCACUGAAGUAGAGAAAUUAUUGACUAUGGAAAUCGAAACAGUUGAACUUACUGUCAAUAAUGUGCUUGAUCGUGGAGAGUAUUACAAUCGACCCGCCGAUGCCAUUGGAGUUAUUGUGCACUCUAAGGAUGAACCUGUUGCUGUUGCUGCUUGGUAUGGAGAUGAUCACGUUGGAGAUUGGAAUGUGUAUGGGGAUCAGCCAGAGCAUUCUCAGCAAACUUAUUACUUGGGAGGCGCUCGAACCAUCUUUGUUGGUUUGUUCUAA